AAAUGGCCACUGACCCUAACCAGAUUCCCACCUCACAAUCCGACGCCGACCAAAUCGCCAAGCAGAAGCCAUCCGUUUUACUCGAGGACGACGACGAACUCCGCAAGGUUUUCGAACGCUUCGAUGCGAAUGGCGACGGUAAGAUCUCUAUCACCGAGCUCGAUGCCGUCCUCACUUCCUUAACGUUAAAAUCCGCCAUCCCCUUAGAAGAGCUUCGAUCUGUCAUGGACGAUCUCGACUCUGAUAAGGACGGUUAUAUCAACAUCGAAGAAUUCGCCGCCUUCUGUAAGAAACCGAUGGCCUCCGACGAGGCUGGAGCAGCGGAGCUUCGUGACGCCUUCGACCUCUACGAUCAGGACCGUAACGGCCUUAUUUCUCAGUCUGAGCUCCAUCUCGUUCUUAAUCGCCUCGGAAUCAGUUGUUCUAAGGAAGACUGUCAAAAAAUGAUCAACUCCGUCGAUUCGGAUGGGGACGGAAAUGUGAAUUUCGAAGAGUUUAGGAAGAUGAUGACAGAUAAUUCCAAAUCGAAGGCGGCUAAACAGAACGGAACUGCUGCGGCGGCACCCUAGCCCUAGCUCUAGGUUUUGGUAAGUUGUUUAGUAAUUAGCCGCGUGAGAGAGGUAACGAAGUCGAUUUCUAUAUCCUUCGUUCCUUUUUUUUUUCUUAAAUUUCUCUAUGUUCUAUCCCUUAAUCUGAAUCCAAUCCAACUAUUCCUGUUUUCUUAUUUUGCCGAAAAUGUAACAAAAGAUUCCGGAUCUGCUUCUGUUAAUCAUCCGCCAUUAAUGCUGAUCUUUAAUUUCAA